ACACACACACACACACACACACACACACACACACACACACACGGAGGACUGCUAGACAAACCAGACAACUGCCCUGACAUGAUGUUUGAGUUGAUGCGUAUGUGUUGGCAGUACAACCCGAAGAUGCGUCCGUCGUUUCUGGAGAUCAUCAACAGCAUCAAGGAGGAGCUGGAGCCGCCGUUCAGAGAGAUGAGUUUCUUUUACAGCCAAGAGAACAAGCUUCCAGACACAGAGGAGUUAGACAUGGAGGUAGAGAACAAGAAGAAUGUUCCUCUAGGCCCAGCUGCCUCUUCACGCCCCCCCAUCCCCUCCGGGUCCGCCCAGCCCAACCAGCCCCCUCCUCCCCCCUCCCAACAGACACCAGCCUCCACGGCCCCCGACGGUCAAUUAACGCUGGGCUCCACCCCCCCUUCAGCCCCGUCCUCUGGGCAGGUUCAGCCCCAAGCUCCCUCGUCCCCCUGCUCCCCAGCCCUCGGGGCCACCAGCCAGGCCUGCUGCUCCCCAGUGGCCCCUGGCCCCUCCUCGGACCAGAACUCAGGUGCCUCAGGACAGGUGGCGUCCAACGGCCCCGAGGCGGUCGCCCAGGUCCUGCUGCGACCAGCCUUCAAUGACUCACCGCCCUACACACACAUGAACGGAGUGAGGAAGAAGGAACGUGCCAUGCCCCUCCCACAGUCCUCGGCCUGCUGAUCCUAGUCGACCCCUCUCCAUCCCUCAUCCCUCUUUUCUAAAGAGCUUGUUGGACCCCUCUACUUUUUCAUUGUGUUAUUGUAUUGACAUUUCUCUCAACUGUUGACAUCUCUCUCAACUGCCUGAUAUAAACGCCCUCCUGCUGAGGCAUGCUGGGAGACCCUGGACCACAACCUGGACAACGCCCUCCUGCUGAGGCAUGCUGGGAGACCCUGGACCACGGUGGUUUUAUAUCCCUUUAGGCCCAACUACCUUUAUAUAGAAAACGCAAGUCCGUUGUUCAGGAAGGUUUCUGGUUACCGGUACCAGUCAGAAGGUUGGACACACCUACUCAUUCCAGGGUUUUUCUUUAUUUUUACUAUUUUCUACAUUGUAGAAUAAUAUUGAAGACAUCAAAACUAGGAAAUAACACAUAUGGAAUCAUGUAGUAACCAAAAAAGGGUUAAAUAAAUCUAAAUAUAUUUGAGAUUCUUCAAAGUAACCACCCUUUGCCUUGAUGACAGCUUUGCACACUCUCUGCACACUCUCGGCAUUCUCUCAACCAGCUUCAUGAGGAAUGCUUUUCCAACAGUCUUGAAGGCGUUCCCACAUAUGCUGAGCACUUGUUGGCUGCUUUUCGUUCACUCGGUGGUCCAACUCAUCCCAAACCAUCUCAAUAUGGUUGAGGUCGGGUGAUUGUGGGGGCCAGGUCAUCUGAUGCAGCACUCCAUCACUCUCCUUCUUGGUCAAAUAGCCCUUACGCAGCCUGGAGGUGUGUUGGGUCAUUGUCCUGUUGAAAAACAAAUGAUGGUCCCACUAAGCCCAAACCAGAUGGGAUGGCGUAUCGCUGCAGAAUGCUGUGGUAGCCAUGCUGGUUAAGUGUCCCUUGAAUUCUAAAUAAAUCAGUGUCACCAACAAAGCACCCCCUCACCAUCACACCUCCUCCUCCAUGCUUCACGGUGGGAACCACACAUGCAGAGAUCAUCAGUUCACCUACUCUGCGUUCCACUGGUCUAAUGUCCACUGGUCGUGUUUCUUGGCCCAAGCAAGUGUCUUUUUAUUAUUGCUGUCCUUUAGUAGUGGUUUCUUUGCAGUAAUUCUACCAUGAAGGCCUGAUUUCACACAAUCUCCUCUAAACAGUUGAUGUUGAGAUGUGUCUGUUACUUGAACUCUGAAGCAUUUAUUUGGGCUGUAAUCUGAGGUGCAGUUAACUCUAAUGAACUUGUCCUCUGCAGCAGAGGUAACUCUGGGUCUUUCUUUCCUGUGGCGGUCCUCAUGAGAGCCAGUUUCAUCAUAGCGCUUGAGGGUUUUUGCGACUGCACUUGAAGAAAUGUUCAACAUUCUUGAAAUGUUCCCGGAUUGACUGACCUUCAUGUCUUAAAGUAAUGAUGGACUGUCGUUUCCCUUUGCUUAUUUGAGCUGUUCUUGCCAUAAUAUGGACUUGGUCUUUUACCAAAUAGGGCUAUCUUCUGUAUACCACCCCUACCUUGUCACAACACAACUGAUUGGCUCAAACGCAUUAAGAAGGAAAGAAAUUCCAUAAAAUAACUUUUAACAAGGCACACCUGUUAAUUGAAAUGCAUUCCAGGUGACUACCUCAUGAAGCUGGUUGAGAGAAUGCAAAGCUGUCAUCAAGGCAAAGGGUGGCUAUUUGAAGAAUCUCAAAUCUAAAAUAUAUUUUGAACUGUUUCUGUUUUUUUGGUUACUACAUGAUUCCAUAAGUGUUAUUUCAACAAUUUAGAUUUCUUCACUAUUAUUCUACAAUGUAGAAAAUAGUAAAAAUAAAGAAAAACCCUUGAAUGAGUAGAUGUGUCCAAACUUGUGACUGGUACUGAGAUGGUACACUAUAUAUAUAGUGUGUAUAUAUAUAUAGUGUGUUUUUAUUAGUUUUUCUAAAUAUUCCCAAAUGGAGACAGCCUUUCAGAGUGAUGGUUGGUUCACUGUGUAAUAGUGGGGCAUUAUUAUUAUUGUGAGGUUUUAUCUUCUGUCUGGAUGCAACGGUCAAGCGCUGUCUGUGUCUGUGUUGUAUAUCAGUGGAUGGACAGACUCCUCUCUGUUGCACUGGGACAAGAUGGUCACCACUGAUGAUGUUUAGUUGUCUGGCGUAAACUACUUGUCUUCUCCGUUUGUCUUGUCUGUGAUUGACAGGAAGCAUUCUGACACUAGCGUAAACUACUUGUCUUCUCCCUUUGUCUUGUCUGUGAUUGACAGGAACCAUUCUGACACUAGCGUAAACUACUUGUCUUCUCCGUUUGUCUUGUCUGUGAUUGACAGGAAGCAUUCUGACACUAGCGUAAACUACUUGUCUUCUCCCUUUGUCUUGUCUGUGAUUGACAGGAAGCAUUCUGACACUAGCGUAAACUACUUGUCUUCUCCCUUUGUCUUGUCUGUGAUUGACAGGAACCAUUCUGACACUAGCGUAAACUACUUGUCUUCUCCGUUUGUCUUGUCUGUGAUUGACAGGAACCAUUCUGACACUAGCGUAAACUACUUGUCUUCUCCGUUUGUCUUGUCUGUGAUUGACAGGAACCAUUCUGACACUAGCGUAAACUACUUGUCUUCUCCGUUUGUCUUGUCUGUGAUUGACAGGAAGCAUUCUGACAUUUGCGUAAACUACAUGCCGUCUCCUAGGCCUACAAAACAUGAAUAUAUUAUUUAGUAUCUUAAAGGAUGUAUGGCUCCAUAUCCUUAGUUCCUCUGACCGGAUGUAUGGCU